UUAGGGCGCUUGAGGCCGAAAACGCAAAGCUCCACGAGGACAUUGCCGCUGAGCGCGCCGAGCGGGAGACGCUCAUGAAGAACCGGCAAGUGAACGUGCUCUUGGAGGCGCUCCAGGAAGAGCGCACGCAGCGCCUCUUGGACCUCGAAGCCGCACACCUCCGCGAGCGCGAGCUCCGUGCCCUCGCCACCGAAGCCACGGUCGCGACCAAAGGCGCUCUCUUGGCCCAGGAAGAGGCGAGCCACAGUCGCGCUGAGAUCAACGGACUUCGUGCGACCGUGCGCUGCAGUACAAAGCUCCUCCACACGUCCGAAAAAGAGUACCUCGCGAUGCACAAGGAGCUCGAGACGACCCAACUACAGCUCCUCGAGACGCGACGAAAGCUGAUUGCAUCGACGAAUGACGUGGCGGUCUGGACGGACCGGUACAACCAAGCCAUGGUCGAUCUGCACAUGGCCCAAAUGAAGCUCACGCAAAGCACGAUCGGUAGGCUGGGUAUGAUGACACAUUGA